CUCGCCUCCACGCCCCUCCUUGCGCCGCCGUUAUCUUUCUCUUGUUUUCGGCUUUAUCAAUUUUUAUUUUCAAAUUAUCACCCAUUCCUGCCUGGCAAUGGUGUAACUCUAUCUUCCGCGCAACCAGCGACCGACGUCAGCGACCAGAAACACCGUCUCUAUGCGAGCGGUACUGCCGGGGAGACCCCCGACGAAGCUCCAGUCUUUCAGCACCGCGCUGUGGGAUGGUGUUCGCGUUGUGGUGUACAUUUCCGGCCAUGCGCUGGUUAUCCUCGGCGGCCCGCACAAGCUCCUUCAGACAAUCUACGUUGACGAUGGCGACGCCCUGGAGGCGGUGACGAUUGACGAAACUUCCGGCAAGAUCGCAGUGUGUGGAGGACCAGAUGUUUUUAUUUACCAGCCGUAUGGAAUCCUGGACGAAACGCUGAAGUGGUCUCUUGUUCAUACCUUCCGCUGCGGCGAUGACGACGAACCGGUCCGUACGCUAUCGUGGGGCUCUCCCGACGAGUUGCUCCUGGGGAAUUCGCACCUCGCUCUUUGGUUCCUCAAUGACACACCGCGCGAGAUAUGGAGGCAGAAGCUUGCGACACCGGUCAAAUUCGCGCAAUUCUCGCCCGACGCGACCCUUGUCGUGACGACGGGUCACUACGACCGACUGGUGAAGGUGUGGCGGCGGCUCUCUUUUGGGGCUGACGAUGUUCGUUUCGAGGUAUCAUACUUGCCGCAUCCUGCGGUCGUGACGGGGAUGCACUGGCGCAAACCGUACCAUCGGGAACAGUCUAUGGCCAAUGCGUUCUAUACGUGGUGCGCGGACAACAAGAUCAGGGUAUGGGCGGCUGUGGACCACCAUGCUCCAUCUGCAUUGCAACUAUGGACUCAGAUUGAUAUGGGAGCUUCCGUUCAACCGCGGCACGCAUCAGAUGAAAAAGGCCCCGUUCGUCGCUAUGGAUUCGUGGUUGACAGUCGAGACUUUUGUGUCGCUACCGAACGCGCAGUGCAGCGGAGUACCGGGAACAAGGGGAACCACGCGCUGGAACACCUCAUUGAGGUCGCAAAUAAGAGCCCGGAGAUCUGCAUGGUGAUUGAUGGAGAGGGUCAUAUGUCUGCAUGGGCUUUGGAAGACGUAGGGUCCAAAGUCCAGUCAGAACUGAACGUGUUCAACAUCCUCCACGUCGAGGGAUUGGACUUCUCCUUCAUGAAUGGGCUCUCUGCGGAAGAAGAUUAUGUCCAGAUGUGCGCCUUCCAGAACAUAUCUUCAAGCGACUCGAUAUCCGUGCUUGUGCAUCACUUUGACGGCCGGAUUGAAUGGUUCGACUCCCAUGUGGAUGUAUUGUUUGACCCGGCUCCGCGCAAGAACCGGGUCAGCAAGAAAGCAUCCUGGACUGGACACAAUGGUGCAAUCAAGAAGAUUGUGCGUAACGCAAUCGGAAAUACGCUUGUUUCGCGCACCGAUGACAACAAAGCUAUGAUCUGGCGGCAGAAACAAAGGGAGAGCGGGUCAACCCUUGUUCGCAAGAGCUCGUUAUUCUCGGACGAGCAUAUCCAUCGCAGCUGCGUGGUCGAAGAUGGAGAUUUCUUGGUGAAUCUUCACCAUAAAGGAAUCUCGGUCUGGGAUAUCCGCUCCUUCCAUGCCCAAAAACUGGCUUCGUCGACAUUCGAGCUCUCUAGCAAACCGCUUUGUGUCCUCCCGAUCCCCACCGCGCCGAAUGGCUCUGAUGUGGUAUAUAUAGCGACUAUCGGAGCGGACAUGAAGGGGAUUGUUUGGGAGAUUCAUCUGCCUACCUCGAAACGCCAAGUAAACGGUGGGACAAACAAACCACAAUGCUCGCUGAGAAAGUUCUGUAACUUUGAUUUGGGACUCAACGAAGAUGUGUCUUACAUCUUACCUGUUGACCCAGCAGGCCCGAAGGCCGAGAGGUCAGGGUUUUUUGAUCUUUUCUCGCCAGACAUUGCGCUGUCGUACACCAGCAGUGGCGUUCUUCACACAUGGACUGCCAAAGUUGACAAGGAUAAGAAGCAAGUCGACUGGCUGCUUACAUCGACAGUUGAAACUGGGAUAGCAAACCCAUCUCUUGCCAAUGGAAGUUCCAUCAGGAAAGCUGCGCUUGUAGAUGAGGACCGCACCCGCUUGACUAUCUGGGACACGAACGGCGCUCAGUUAGAAUUCGAAGAGCAUUUUUCCUCCCAGGAUGUCAUCCGGGAUCUUGACUGGACAUCUACCCCAGACAUGCAGUCCGUUCUUGCCGUUGGGUUCCCCCAUAAAGUUGUGUUGUUAUCACAGCUUCGUUACGACUACCUGGACGCACGGCCGUCCUGGACACAAAUCAGAGAGAUCUGGAUCCGGGACCUUACUCCCCAUCCGAUCGGCGAUUCGUGUUGGCUUAGCAACGGUCAUCUUGUGAUCGGGGCGGGAAACCAACUGUUUGUGUACGACAACGAUAUCCCUGUCUCCGACCGCGUGGUCUCUCAGCUCCGUAUACCCUCACGGGGCCUCUCCUCCAUUGACCUUUUCGAGGUGGUGAGCCGGUUGAAUGGACCCCUGCCGGUCUUCCAUCCUCAAUUUCUAGCACAGUGUAUUCUUAGCGGGAAAAGUAAUCUCGUGCAUUCUAUCUUACUAAACCUCCACCGAAAGCUGAAGUUCUACACGGAAGGCGAUGACAUUGACAGUUUUCUGGAAAUGCCUCUGGAGGAUUUCUACAAGGAGCACGAUACACCACAGAAAGCAUCGUCAAAAGAGCUGCACUCGUCAUAUGCGGACCUGAGCCUAGAGGAUGAAGCCUCAGUAAUUGAUGAAAAUACCGCAACACUGCUCAAUGAAAACUUGGUCCGAUAUGCCCUGCCGCAGCUUACCAGUCAGGAGCAAUUCCGCUUGGCAGACACCAUUGAGUGUGUGGCCACGGUUGAAAAGCACCGGCGUUCCAUGGAUGAUAAUGCCGCGCGCUAUCUACUAUUUUUCCGACAGCAUAUGCUGCGAAGGACGCAAGGUGUCGCUAAUAAAGACACGGUAUCAUGGCGAGAAAUAGUCUGGGCCUUCCACAGCGGCAGCCAGGAUAUCCUUAUCGACCUCGUUUCCCGACAGUUUGGUGGUAAGCUCCUCUGGAAAUCAGCCAGAGAGAGCGGGAUAUUCAUGUGGUUGUCGGACCCUUCAGCCAUUCGUGCACAACUCGAAAUUGUGGCCCGAAACGAGUAUACGAAGACGGAGGAGAAGAAUCCGAUCGACUGUUCGCUGUUCUACCUCGCUCUGAAAAAGAAAAACAUCCUGCAAGGUCUCUGGCGCAUGGCGUCCUGGAACCGAGAACAAGGCGCUACCCAGCGACUGCUGGCGAAUAAUUUCCAGGACCCUCGAUGGAAAACGUCAGCUUUGAAGAACGCGUACGCUUUGCUGGGCAAACGAAGAUUUGAGUACGCCGCCGCGUGGUUCCUCCUUGCAGACCACCUGCGGGAUGCGGCGCAGGUCUGUAUGAAUCAGGUGGGCGAUCUGCAGCUCGCCAUUGCCAUCACACGCGCCUACGAAGGCGACGAUGGGCCGGUCCUGAAGGAGAUCCUGGAAGAGCGAGUGCUCCCCGAAGCUGCUACGGACGGGAACCGAUGGAUGGCCUCGUGGGCAUUCUGGAUGCUGGGUCGUCGGGAUAUGGCAGUACGCUCGCUUAUUUCGCCGGUGGAAACCCUUCUCCCUCCGACACCCGCCUCUCCCGGCAGUCCCGGGUUGAUUCCCUUGCAGGCGAAAUCGUACCUUUCCAAUGAUCCUGCCUUAGUGGUGCUCUACACCCAACUUCGGGACCGAACCCUGCAAACCCUCAAAGGCGCGUCCAAAGUGUCUGCUCGAUCCGAGUGGGAGUUCAUCUUGCGCAACGCUCGCCUAUACGACCGCAUGGGAUGUGAUCUGCUCGCCCUGGAUCUCGUCCGCCACUGGGAGUUUUUGGGCGAGCCGCCGCCCCAGACACCCAAGGAAACCACGCUCAACCUGCAGGAGAAUGCCGUGGAUUACCGCAAGAUGCUUCGCCGGCGAAGCAGUCUUGUGGUGGCGGACCUGCCCAUCAAGCCCGGGUUCCCUCAGGCUCCGGAGAGUCCGCAGAAACCGAAGCCCAAGCCACCACCGACGACAUUCCACGAACCCGAUGCCAACUCACUUCUGGACAGUUUUGGAUUUUAGGAUUAGCCAUGAGGCAGGGCGUGAAUCUUGGGUUUGUUGAAUUGAUGUUCUAUCUAGGCGGGUUUCUUGCAUAUAGCCAUCUGUAUACUACGAGCGUUUGCUCCGGCCAAUUGAUUGAGUAUUG